AUUGGCAAGAAUAUAGUCAGGUAUGUGUGUUUAUUUUGUAUAGGGUUAGGAUAUGAACAUCCUACCACCUAAUGGUGCUGCGGGGAAAUGCUUGACUAACAAGCAGAAGGUUGCCAGUUAAAAUCCCCAUUGAUACUAUAUCAGGCAGCAGUGAUAUAGGAAGAUGCUGAAAAGCAUUAUCAGACUGUGUGGGAGGAGGCAAUGGUAAACCCCUCCUGUAUUCUACCAAAAAGAAAACCACAGGGCUCUGUGGGCACCAGGAGUCCAAAUCAACUUGACAGCACACUUUACCUAGGAUAUGAGCAGAAAUGCAGCAUUUGAGAAGCAGCACCUACUGACAUCACCAUGAUGAAAUGCAUCACAAGUCUCAGCUGUGGUUUAUUAAUACUGUGUCCCUGCCCUCCCUUUCUUAAAUGAGAUCCAGAUGUGAGAGAAAUGUGUGACCUUUGCUGUCUUUCCUUUCUCUAUGGGAAUUGCAAGACUGAGUGUGGGUUCAGCAGAGGAGGUUUUGUUCUUGUUAGAAAGAAUGUGAUUUGUAAAACAGGUUUUUUAAAAAAUCCUAACAGAUGGGGAGCAGAGCAUAGUCAUUUUUACUUUUCUUUUUCCAAACCUGAAUAUUAGCGGUACUCUUUAUUUUGUCACAGGAUCUCCUAUCUCAGUGUUUUAACAUACUCAGUGGUGGCUGUUCUGGAGUAAAUAAUAUUUAUGUGCACCUGUGUUGCCUAUCUGGAACAGGCAAAGAGAUGUAAGAUAAGCUUUUCCCUUGGAAUGGCCAUCAGCUAUGCUUGGUAAAGUAAUUUAAGGUGGGGAUUUAGCAUAACUACCUCAUUUUAAAUAAAGAGUGCAGUGCAAUCUUAAAUGUGUCUACUUGGAAGUAAGCCACAUGGUGUCCAGUGGGCUUUCCCAGGAGUGGCUAUGAUUCCGCAUGUAAGCACUUUGUUCCUGAAGAUUUGGAAGUAGAUGUAACUGGAAGGUCUUUCAUGAUCACUGGAGCAAACAGUGGUAUUGGUAAAGCCACUGUGAAGGAGAUAGCCAAAAGAGGGGGAACAGUUCACCUAGUGUGCCGGAACAAAGACAGAGCUGAGGAAGCUAAAAAAGAAAUAACAACAGAAACUAGUAAUCAGAAUGUUUUUGUCCACAUUCUGGACAUGUCCAACCCCAGAGGUAUUUGGGAAUUUGCUGAACAGUUCAAGAAGCAGCACAGAUUAAAUGUCCUGAUCAACAAUGCAGGCUGCAUGAUAAACAAAAGAGAACUAACAGAAGAUGGGCUUGAAAAAAACUUUGCUACAAACACACUGGGUACAUACAUCUUAACAACAGUUCUUCUACCGCUCUUGGAAAAAGAAGAUGAUCCCAGAGUCAUCACUGUCUCUUCAGGAGGAAUGCUAGUUCAGAAACUAAAUAUAUCAGACUUGCAGUCAGAGAAUGUGGCAUUUGAUGGAACAAUGGUCUAUGCACAGAAUAAGAGACAGCAAGUGGUCUUGAUGGAGCAGUUGGCUAAAGCUCAUCCCAGCAUCCACUUUUCUUCUAUGCACCCUGGCUGGGCAGACACUCCAGCAGUGAGAUCAUCUAUGCCAGAUUUCUAUGAGAAGAUGAAGAACAGAUUGCGGACAGAAGCCCAGGGGGCGGACACUGUCGUAUGGCUGGCAGUCUCGGCUGCAGCAAGCAGGCAAGCAAGUGGCCAAUUCUUUCAAGACAGACAGCCCGUCUCAACCCACUUGCCACUGGCACAGACAAAAGCGUCGCUUGGUGAUGAAGAAAAAUUGAUCCAGGCCCUUGAAGAGCUCUCUCAGCAGUUUAAACCCAGAUGAUUACUAGCUGCUACUUGUUCCAGGAGUCAACACUGACAGCACAACUUUACUCGUUUUACAAAGAUUUCUAAAAAUAUCAGUGGAUUGCAGUAGUGGCCCCUACAAACUGAGUUCAACAAGCAAAACUGCACUAUCAUUGGAAAUAUUAGUUUAAGCCUUAAUACGUGCAAACAAAAUACAAGGACAUUCACACGUUCAGCUUUGCAGUAGGAAACCAGACACAGCUGAAGACUUUGCUGUCUGUAGGUCUGUAUGCUGUACUACCCAUUCUCUUCCAAAUCCGCUAAAGUUGUAUGCAGCUUGUAGAAGUCAGCUAUGAAAAACUAGAAACAUGUAGGCCAGAAAAGUAGCAUUGCUACUGCAAUUAAUUUUGAUUCUGUAGAAUUUUGGAUUUGGAAGGGACCUUUCUGCUUGCUCAGUGCAGAAAUCCAUAUUGGGUGUUUAGAUUCCCAUCCAGAUAUUAGGCAUACUUAUGUCUGCAAAAGCUCCAUUAUUUGAGGAUUUGUAGAAGAGAGAAGAGCAUCUGACAGCACAGCUACUUUUUUCAUCAUGGUCACAUUAUUUCUGUACAACCUAUCCCUGUUACAAAUGUAACAUUUACACCUUUUAAAAACACUUUCAGGAUAAAAUGUUAGGGUAUUAUAGUACAAGUAUUCUAAUGUAUUUGCUGAGCAUAACUCAGGAUGCUUAACUAUAACCUAUGAAACCAAAGAGGACAUGGGCCACUAUCACUACUGGCUUCUUAGCUAUGUAUAAGUCACAUGCUAAUAUCAAGAAAGAGCACCCUUGAUCUAUGCGGACCACUUCAGGACAUCAAGUGUUCCACAGUGUAGCGAAGCAUUCUGGGAGAUUGUCUCACAACUACGAACUACGUUGCUCCUGGAGGUUUGCCGGAGUCUGAACAUAUAUAUGUCAGAGGCACUGAAAGACCUUUCUAAUGUUUACAUGUAAAUAACAAUCCCAUUAAGAGCCAAAAUUUCAAAGGAUCCAGUUCUAACCUGUCCCUACCUUUCAAGAAGAAAGCAGGGGGAGAAGGGUAUGAACUACAGCUUUUACAAGUCUGAUUUUUAAAGCUGUACUGCAUUGCAUAGUUUAUCUUGAAUACAGCACUUAAGCUUC